UUCCUUAUUAUAAAUACAUGUAGUGCCAUAUGUAAUUUUCUCUGUAAUUUUCUCACUCUGUGGUUUCAAUAGCUUUCACACAACUCUCUCUUUCACGAAGGUUGGACAUUCAUCAUGUCGACUUCAAAGCCAAUUGUGUUGAGAAGCUCAGAUGGAGAGACUUUCGAAGUGGAAGAGGCCGUGGCGUUGGAGUCACAGACCAUCAAGUACAUGAUUGAAGAUGAUUGUGCCGAUUCCAUCAUUCCUCUUCCGAAUGUAACCGGCAAUAUCUUGUCCAAGAUCAUCGAGUACUGCAAGAAGCAUGUUGAGACCCCCAAGUCCGAAGACAAUACUUCCAACGAUGUUAUCAAAACCUUUGACGCCAACUUUGUCGAAGUCGACCAGGCCAUCCUCUUCGAUCUCAUUUUGGCUGCAAACUAUUUGGACAUCAAGAGUUUGUUAGAUCUGUUAUGUCAAAAAGUGGCGGACAUGAUCAAAGGAAAGACUCCAGAGGAAAUUCGCAAGACUUUUAACAUUAAGAAUGAUUUCACUCCUGAAGAAGAAGAGGAGGUCCAUAGGGAGAAUGCAUGGGCGUUUGAGUGAAACUUGUAGUUACAAUUUCUUGAAGACUUGAUAUUCAAUCCCUGUAGCGAGUCAAAAUGAAGAACUAAUGAAGUAUUGGGUCCAAUUUUUUAGGCAGUCGUUUUUGUGUAUUAUUCAAUUUCACAUUAGAUAGUUCAACCAUGGUGGAAAUAUGAAACAAGUGUAACUAGCUUAUUGUUAGCAUUCAACUUUACCAAUUGCCAACUACAACAU